CCGCGGGUGCCCCACGGGCCCUCAGCCCCUCGCGUCCCCCCGUGGCACUCCAGUGUCCCCCGUGUCCGCUCAGCCCCAGCGCCGCCCCCCGCGCUCCACCGCGGCCGUUGCGCCCCCGCGGCCCCGCCCCGCCGCUGCCGUUAGUCCGUUCGCGGCCAUGGAGGUGCCGGUGCCGCUCCUGGUGCUGCUGCCCACCCUCCUCGCCGGGCUCCUGUCGUGUCCCGGCGCCGUCGCCAGCGUCCCGCCUGCCUGCGAAAAGUAUGGUGUGCACGGAUGCCCAAGGGACUACAAUCCUGUUUGUGGAACCGAUGGAGAAACCUACUCAAACGAGUGUGUGCUCUGCCUUUCAAACAGUGAAAAUAAAAAGGAUGUCCAAAUUUCCAAGAGAGGAAAAUGCUGAUUUGGCAGAUGGCCACUCUUCAAGAAAAUGAGGACACAGUCCAAAUGGAAACAAUGCCUUAAAUGUACCUUCUAUGUAGCCUGUCUUAAUAAAUAAUCUUGCCUGUUAAAAGUA